AUGCCUCAGGAAAUCGCGCGCCAGUGGUUCGUGCCCGGAGAUGGAAUAGACCGUCAUGUCAUAUCCGCAGACAUCCAGAGAUACUUGGGCAACGAUGCGACCGUACGACCAGGUCUUGGCACGGGAGAAAAUCAGGGUGUCCAAGGCUACUGGAUCAAAGCAUACAGGAAUCUGACAUCUGCUAUGAUCGCAGACUUGCGAGCCGACUCGCAACGUUGGCGACAAGAACAGCGCCAGACCGGCACACGAGGUAGUCACAGUCCCCGCACCGACAAGUCAGGGUUAACAGUACCUGACCAACUCUUAGAACCUUACGUGGGAUCCUCGACGUACCAUGCAUCUAGCGCUGGGCGAACCUCGAAUAACCGUCGUGAUGCGGACUCUCCUUCAGUAGAUGGACCAUAUGGCAUUCCAGCUUCGCGGGAAAGGAUACUAGUGGACAGGAUGCAAGUUGAUCCGCCGCAGCCACCACGAGGAGGAGCAUAUCCACCGGAGAACCGUGCUACGUACCAGCCAGAUGGCAGAGCGUUUCCGCCUGAAAGCAGAGGCUACGCAGAGCCCGGUAGGUCAUCAUAUCAACCGGACUCAUCCAUGUCGUCUGCGUUCGGUGGCCGUCCACCGGUGUCUGCCCCAUAUGGCCAGGAGCCCAGAUAUGCCCCAAGCUAUCCGCCUCAGCCCAGUGGUGAUGGUGCACCUCCGGGAUAUGUGAGACAAGGCAACUACUUUGUUCCGGUGUCAUCUUAUGAGCCCACUCCUUCGGUGCCCAGCCGAUCGGACAAUUUCGGUUCCGGUUAUGGACAACAACCACCUCAGCCUCCGCCAGGACGUGAUCCCAGGGACCCACGAUAUCAACAGCCGGAAUAUGCCGACCCAAGGUACGCGUAUCCUAGUCCGGCGGCCACUGUGUCCUCCGUCUCGGCCAGAGAUCGAGAGCCGGUUCCUAGCCCACAACAGCCAAGUGGCUAUGGAGGUUCGAUGCCAUCGAGUCAGUAUGACCAGUAUGGCGGUAGCAGACCUGCACCAAGCUCGAACCAACCUUCGUCAAGUCGGACAAGUCGCCAGAGCGUCUUUGGGGUUGUAUCCAGUAGCAGCCGUUCAGGUCGGCGAUAA